AUGGAGUUUGACAGGAGUCGUAGGCCUUUUGGUCAAAGUGAAAGUCCGAAAGUCGAAGUCAAGGCCCAAAACUCCUUGUUUUUAAUUAACUAUACGGAUGUGCCGUCUUUAUCCGAUGAGUGGCAGAUUUCUGUUUUUAUUGAUAUACCGACUAUUGAUUUCUACAAAGAUGAGUUGACUAAUAGCAAGCUGUCUAGGUUCAAUAGGCAAUUCAAGCUACAGCACUUGAAGGAAACGAUUUACAAGAGCCUGACCAACGGCAAUGAGGAGUUUUGGGAUCAGUGGUUGACACACUGCAGUAAUGGUAAUCGUAAGUUUGUUAUGAGGGUUUCUUCAUCGGGAUCUUUGAGAUAUGUGGAAACUAUAAGGUUUUUAGUGGAAUCCGUAUAUGAAAAAUUGCAGAAGCAUCAGGAGCAGUUAAGGAUAGAGUUUAGGUUGGAUGCGUCUCCCACGUCUCAUAAAUGGUUUACAACGUUCCUUGAUCCAAAGAUUUUACAAAGUGGGAUUGUCCGUUUUAGUCAUGUGGGGACUCAGACUAAUGCCAUGAGGCCGUCACCCUUCAAGGACUACUACAAUUUGCUGAGUAAAAAAUUCGAGGAAUCGCAGUCAGGUGCGAAAGAGUCUCAGUCUAUUGACUCGAUUCUCAUUAUUACCAACAGUAUGGGUGUCAAGGCGCUAUUGACCAUUUUAUCGGAUCGACCAUUGACCAAUUUUAUCACUAGAGAGUCCAUUGAGAUGUUACACGAUAUUGCGUUGAAAAAGGCCCACAGUACGGAAGAGGAUACACCAUUGAAGAGGGAGUCGUCGUCUUUGUUAAACUUCCAGAACCAGCUAAUCACAUCUAAUAAGGAUAAGGCAGUAAGAGUACGAUCUCCAUCAAUUGGCAGGAAAACGAGUAUUGCAACCCCGCUAUCAAUGAGGCACCAUCGUGGAGGAAGUGUUGCAUCCCUAGACCAGGAAGAUGCCGAUUAUGAGGACGAGUUAAAUGACAGUGAUGACGAAGACGAGGACGAAGACGAAGACGAAUCUGACAGCGAUAGAAAGGAUGAUGAAGACGACGAAGGGAUUAGUUUCAAUGUGCCCAGUAAGCUGUCACAUACAAGAUCAUCAGACUUCCUUUCCGCUGCGUGGAACCCUGGUAUGAACGGCAGAGUAAGGUCGCUGAGUCUUAUGGAUCCACCACUGCGGAAGCCAUUUGCAACUAGACAGGGCGGGGGGCUGCCGCUUUCUAUGGGAAGUACAGACGACGAGGCUUCGCCUAGUGAAAAUAUGCGAAUUACCAACAUAUAUGUUCACGACGGUGAUUUCCAAGAUCCUGCAGACCCUUCUACCGCCACUAAGAGGUAUCGCAAGAGAGCAAGCAAAUUACCCUCUAGACAGGGUUCAGCUAAUGGGUUGAUACCGCCCGAAUUCUACUCGCGUAUCUCAUCACCAUCUUCAAGCGCCAGUAGUUCCAGUACUUCUUUGCAAAAUCUCAACAUGGCGCCUGGAACUUUCUCCAAGAUGGCUUUUGCAGGUGGAAGCAGUCAAGGCAGUGGACACACGGAUUCGCUAUUUGAGAAGAAUUUGAUCAAUAAAUCGUUUGAAGAAACCAGGAAGAAUAAUUUACUCGAUUCCAUUAUUGAGAAAAUUCAAAAUCGCAAUCAACAGCUUGAUAAGAAUGGGCUAGCACUGAAUUUCGUCUCCAAUAAAACGAUACCAUCCCAAAUAUUGGAUGAAGAAGAUUUACUCAUGUCAGGCGCUGGCGGUGUCAACAUUAGCAGAAACUUCAGCCUUGAACACAUUUCAGAUGAGGAUAACCGUUCCAAUAGUACAGUGGUUUCACCACCAAGUAAAGAAGAUGAUAACGACACGGAAAGUACAUAUACUGCUACUACCCCAACGGUAGCCUUAGAUUUAAGCAGGAUAAAGCUGUAUGAUGACGAUCCAGUGCCGCCGCCACCACCACCCCCAGAAAAUCCUGAAACCAGUUCUUCCUCUAAUGAUAAAGCACGUCCCAAGUACAAGAAGGCCGUUACUUUAGAUCUUUACGGCGAUGAUGAUCUAGAGAACUCCGGAGGCUGGGUCUUGGGAGGCAACUCCAGGUAG